CAAUAGCAACAUCCACUAAUUAGAAUGUAUUUAGUGAAUAUCCGGAUUUUGCUGGAUAUAAAUUUAUAUAUAAGGGAACUCGGUGAAUUUUUGCAAUAAUUAGUUUGGUAAGCGGCGGCAAAAUGAUUGGGUUUAGCGCGGUUCUCUUGCUGUUGUGCGGCUGCUUACCUCUGGUAAGGUGCGAUAUUGACUUUAUGGACUGUGGAUCCGAAAGGGUUUACAUUGAUAAAAUGGAUAUUCCGGGAUGUGAGCAGGCUCCAUGCAGCAUCGAAAGAGGCUUCAACUACCUGGUCUAUGUCGUACCGAGUUUUUUAGAAGGUCCAGUCGAUAGUAUCGAAGUGACGGCAUACGUAAGAAUGUGGGGUGCAUUGUUUGCAGUCCCAAUCUCCAGUGUGAAUCCCUGCGGAUUUAUUUGUCCGCUGCAGCAGUACAUUGAGAAACCCACGUUAAUUUUCAACGUUUUAUUUCCAGAAACUCUCCAACGGCGUCGUGCUGACCUGGUGAUUCGCGCUAUUCACCGACAUCGAGGCAGUGAACAAAGCGUGAUUUGCGUCUCAACCGAUAUACAAUUGCUAUAGUGAAGCGGAAAAUUGAUCAAACUCUAUUGCAAUAAUUGAAAAUAUAGAUAAGCUCAUGCAUCGUACUGGAUUGUUUAUUGGUUCUCGAAUUGAAGCAAAUUCAAAUUGUAGUAGAUAGUGUAAGGAGUGGUUUUUUAAAUACUACUAGGUGUAUUUUGUUGUCUGAAAAAUGGCUGUGAUUUAUCUAUUUUAAGCAGUGAAUACUCUCUUGAAACGUGUAUUUUGAUCUUCCAAUUCAUUGUGAAUUGUUUGUGAAUUUGAUGUUUUAUAUCCAUUUUUCUUGUUUGAUUCUUCAAUUAGUACAAUUUUCAAAUAUUUUUCUGCGCAAACUCGAUGCACUUUAUUGGUCUGAACACAAUUGACCGGUUUUAAUAUCAAUAUACUUUAAAAAUUG